CAGAUCCAACGUGACAGUAUUGAAUAUAUAUCUGAAUGCUGGUUAAACAAGGAAGAGAAAAUCAACUAUCUAAAUAAAAAACAAUCAAAAUAUACCCCAUAUGCCAACAGCUACAGCGCCCCUCCUAGCUCCCUACACUUCCCCACCUCCAGCCCGCUCUUUAUCUCUCAUAACCUCCCUUCUGGGUACAACGAGCAAUUGGCUUGUGUUGAGAAUUCUAUGUGAUGCACUCUAUUCUUCUUCAUCCUCAUCAGUGAGGGGGAGAUGGCAAGAGGAUGUUGAGAUAGGGAUUGGGAUUGAGGGUGAAGGGGUUACCAUAGGUGGAAGAAAGGGAACAAUGAGGGUGAUUCUCAUUAGCUUCUUGAGAGGAUGGGAGUUUUGGAGAACAGAGGCUAAGAGGCUGGGAGUUGAUCUCACCAAGCUCGCAAAUGAACGCAAGUUUGCCUUUGUGGAUGGACUUACAGAGCUUUUCUCCUCUGAAAACCUGCACUCUGCACCAGUGCCUACAACUCUUCGCGGCAGACCGCCUGCGGCCCACGCUUCACGUUUCAUAUCUACAGCCCGAUCUCACCCAGCCACUCAUCCUGUUCCAGUGCAUCAAAAAGCCAGUGGACCGACGAAACUCCAUUGGUCUAAGAUGGCAAAUCUCGAAGCUCUAGAGCGAGGUGUCAUCUCGGCCAUUGAUAACUUACACGGCGCUGCCGGCGAAGAGGAUCGAGUUCCAGCCACAGAAGAUGUACUCCUUGUGAUCGAUCAGCCGGAUAUGCUUCUGGCUGCUACGGGACCUGAUGCAGGGGUUGGCGCAUUGGAGAUAAAAGAUAUGAUUAUGAGUUUGCGACAGCAUGUGCACUCUACGCUUGUGACAUUGGCUGCUGACUCGCCUCUUAUCCACUACGAGGAGCCAGGAACUCCUUUGGAGAUGGAACACGCAACUUUAGUUGUGGGGAUGGCAUACCAGGCCCGUAUGGUAAUUCAGCUGAGAGGACUGGAGACCGGGGUUGCUCGAGACGUUAGUGGUGUGCUCCAGGUUAACAAGGGUACACAGUUUAUGGAUUUAUCAAGCUCACGGGACCUGGGCGAAGACUAUGAUUUGGAGCCGAAAGAAGUAUUGUAUUACGUUCAGGGCGAUGGCGCGGUGCGAGUUUUUGGGAGGGGCGAAUAG